UUGGACCUCGUAAUGUGGUUGCCGCCUCGCUCCGAAGGGCCGAUCCACAGAUCGAGUCAUCGAGAUACGAGUUGUGCGCGCCAGAGGCGGAGAAGAGAAGAGAAGAGAAGAUGGGAUACGUCAAGGUCUCCGAUGCUGUCGCUAGCAUGGAACGAGGAGGCGAAGACCUCGUAGAUCGAGCUGCCGAGACGAUCCCUUCCUCCCCCAUUGAGAUCGACAUCUCACUCCCGCUCGACCGUAUGAAGGCUCACAUCGUAAAUCUGUGCAAGGAUUUGUUUUUGAAGUGGUCAUCUCUUGAUGAGUCUUGCUUCACGGUUGAGACUGUUUCUGGUGGCAUCACAAAUCUUUUGCUGAAGGUUUCUAUAAGAGAAAAUAGCGGGAACAUGGAUUAUGUGACUGUUCGCUUGUAUGGCCCAAAUACAGAUUUAGUGAUUGAUCGGAAACGAGAAUUGCAGGCACUACCACAUCUCUCAGCAGCAGGAUUUGGUGCAAAGUUGCUAGGAAUAUUUGGGAAUGGCAUGGUUCAAUCAUUUCUUGAUGCUCGAACACUUUCACCAACAGACAUGAGGAUCCCUGAAAUAGCUUCUGAGAUAGCUAGACAACUCCACAGGUUCCACAUGGUGGCAGUUCCUGGUUCUACAGAACCACAAUUAUGGAAUGAUCUGUUGAAGUUUCUGGACAAAGCUGCGGCAUUAAAAUUUGAAGACAGUGGGAAGCAAGCUAGGUAUGAAUCAAUCUCAUUCCCAGAAAUCCGAGAUGAAAUUGAUAAGCUCAAGGAUCUCACUACCCUUCUAAACUCACCUGUUGUCUUUGCCCACAAUGAUUUGCUUUCUGGGAAUCUGAUGUUAAAUGACAAAGAAGGGAGACUCUACUUCAUUGACUUCGAGUAUGGGUCUUACAGUUAUAGAGGCUAUGAUAUUGCAAACCACUUCAAUGAGUAUGCAGGCUUUGACUGUGAUUACAGCUUGUACCCACGAAAGGAGACACAGUACCAUUUCUUCAGGAAUUAUUUAGAACCCCAGAAACCACAUGAGGUGCCUGACGCUGAUCUUGAAGCUCUCUUUGUUGAAACAAAUACAUUCAGGCUUGCAUCCCAUAUUUACUGGGCUCUGUGGGCUAUUGUACAGGCACAGGUAUCCUCGAUUGAUUUUGAUUAUCUCUCGUACUUCUUUCUUCGCUAUAAUGAAUACAAGAAACAACGCGAAACAUGCAUUUCCGUUGCACGGGAAUACCUCUCCAGAUCCAUCGGAAGUUGAAGUAACGGCGGCAGAGUAAUAAUUCUUUCUCCCUUGAGAUGCUCAUGGAUGGAGCAUAGCGUUUGCAGAUUGCUUAUGGUUAUUUUUGAGCCCACAAGUAUACUUCACAUUCAUUCGGAGUGAAGUUGUAAGAGCCAAACUUAUGCUGGCCAAGAGCGUUUCGUUUUUAGUACUAAAUAUCUGUUGAAGCUCCCAUCUUGCACUCUUAUUCAAUUCGAGGUAGUGAUUCCUUAUUGGUGGGUGUUUAGUACUAAAUAGAGAUAAUUGUAUUUCUUCCAUAUAUUAAUUGGCUCAUUAAUUUG